AUGAUCCCCUCGGCAAGUUCUGGCGUGGGCACCAUCGCCAAAUUGCCCAACGAUGCCGUCGGCAUUAUCGACGAUUUCAAUCUCUGGCUGGCGCCCAACGUCACCGCCGACCGGGACGUGAAUAAUCGGAUCAGACGUACCCUUUUGGGUGUCGAUGGCAUUAAUCAUGGAUUUGCCCUGAGAGCUGGCGACAACUUCGUCUGCGCGCCGAAGCGGCCGAGCAUCGAAUACAAAUACCAGCAGAGAUCUUGCAAAGUUCUAGGCGACAACGAUUUCUGCGAUGGCUCUGGCGUCCGCAUGGUCGCCCAGAGGGAGAUGCUCCCUCAGUCCACUGAGCGCAUCGUAGAGGUGCAGGGCACACCCGAGGGCAUCAAGGGAGCCAUCUGGGAGAUCUGCAAGUGCCUGAUUGACGAUUGGCAUAGGGGAACAGGCACUGUUCUCCACAACCCCGGUCAACGUUCCAAGAUCUCCCAGGGAGUGUCUGACGCCAAGAGAAUGGAUUGGAAUGGUUCGUUGGAAGGAAAGACGCCAGGUGAUCCCUGGUAUCAAUCUUACGCCUUGUCAACGCUCAAAUCGUGA